AUGAACAGCCUCCUCUCCAGAGAUGUCCAGGUGACGAACAUGAAGCAGACAGUAAAACAUGCUGAGAAGCAUCUGGGCAAUAUUUGCUCUCUGCUGGCUUCCUACACCAGGAAGACAGCCAAGCUCAGAGACAAGGCUGACCAGUUGGUGGCUCAGCUGUUUGACUUCUCCAGCACAGAGGACCCAGAGUUCCAAGUUGCCCUGAAAAACCUGGCUGAAGACCUGGCCAUGGUGCAGGACUAUAGGCAGGCUCAGGUGGAGAGAUUGGAGACAAGAGUCAUCGCUCCUCUAAAAGGCUAUGGAGACAUUGUCAAGAAUAAAACGGCAGAUCUUAAGAAGUUUAGCACUGACCUGAACAGAGAGAUGAAGGAGCUGCGGAAACUGGAGAAACUUCGACUAAGGAACCCAGCAGAUCGACAGAGCAUUUCCCAGGCAGAGAUGAAUGCCCAGAAGGCUUCCAACAAUGCCCAGCGCAACGCCCGACAACUUGAGGAGACCAUCACAGACUUCCAGAGACAGAAACUGGAGGAUGUCAAAAUUAUUUUCACAGACUUCAUCACAGUGGAGAUGCUCUUCCAUGCUAAAGCACUGGAGGUCUAUACACACACAUACCACAACCUGGAGGCAAUGGACACUCAAAGAGAUCUGGAGCUGUUCAAUAGAAGAAUCAAAAUGUCUGAUUCCCUGCCUGGGCACCUGGAAUCUCCUCUGAGCAACCACUCUGCAUCCCGUAUGAACCGCUACCCCAGUCCUACUCUAGCCUCCCCUAAAAGUCAAAGCUUCAGAUCAACACUGGUCCCCACUGUUAGCCCAAACCUCAGACAACAACACAUCCAGUACCCGGACACAGCCAGGAGGUUCCGCGGCACCUUGCAACGCCAGAGAGGCAUGGAGGAGGAAGAGCUGGAUGAAGAAGAAGAUGAAGAGGAGGAGAUGUAUGAGUCAGAGAUAGAGGAGAAUCAGCACACCAGCAGGCAGUCAUAUGCUGCUCAAUAUGUCCAGAUGUACAGAUAA